CUUAAGAAAUGAAUGAAAAUGAGAUGUUGAGAUUAGAGUUUGGGUUAGGGUUGUAAGUGUUGAUUAAAUUUUUGUGGGGAAGAGGGUAUGGAAAAUACAGAUAUAGAAAGAGUCAUUUUCCUGUGAGUAUAUAUAGCCAAGGUUGAGCAUAUGGAGGGAGGGUGUCAUAGGUAGAAAACGAUGAGGUUUAAUGGCACAUAUGUGUACAUCUGCACGUAACAGAGAGAGAGAGAAAGAGAAAGGAGGGUGAGUUUGAAGAGGAUAUUUUGGGGUGGCAGUGAAUCCUCGUUCAUAAUAAAAGAGGAAUAUUCCAAUUGAAGAAAAAUGCAAUAUUUAAAAGAGAUAAACUAAACCCUGAUAGAAACAAAAAGAGCAGGGAAUUUUAACAGGUCGCCAUCCAUCAUCUUAAACUAGACACUCAAUUUCCAUUCCAAUAUUCCAUUCAAUAGUACCCCUUUUGUUUUUCUCGAAUUCCAACCAUAUUCCUGCCAAGAACCACCAUUACAUCGCUGCUUCAAACUUCUCUAUUUUCUUUUCUUUCUUUUUAUUUAAUUAAAUUACCUGCAGAUAAGGAAAACCAGAGACCAGACUCUUUCCUUCACUUUCUCUCUCUCUCUCUGUAUCUCUCUCUCUAUAUCUAUCUAUCUAUCUACAGUAGUACUUUGAUGACUAAUAUAUCUCUCAGCUUCCAUAAAUAACUGCUACCCCUUUUCACUAACUUUUGGUUCAAACCACCAUCCCCAAAAAACUCUGAUCUUUUCUCUUUCCCUUUUUUUUUUUUUAUCUGACUAGUUGUGACAAGUAGUCCCUGGAAAUUAAUUACUCCCUCUCUCUUUCUCUCUCUUUCAGCUUUUAAAAUUUUCCAUAUGGUGGUCUUCCUUCAACCCUAGUGGGAUCCUAUACUAAAAGCCUAUAACCACACCAUCUCAAAUCAUAAGUCACUCAUGAUAUAAUCACAGCCUUAAACCCUUCCUUUCACCUCUUACUAUAUUUGCUUUUCCACUUUAACUCUUAACUCUCCCAUUCCCUUAUAUAUAUAUAUAUAUUUCACUACCUUAACAAACACAGAUCUUCUCCGUUCUUCGGUUUCUCUAUAGUUUUAUCUGUCUUUCUACAUAUCUCCAUGUUCACCAAUUCACAUACGCUAAUGCGAACUUUGUUGUCAACUUUGCCGGAGCCAGACCUCUCCUUGAACAUAAGCCCUCCCUCUAUUUCGGAUGUUUCUGAGGUCAAGGAAGUGGGGUGUUUCGGCAAAGUGGUUUACAGCGACAUGUGUUCAACUUCUGAUUCCGGGAGCAGUGGAGGAAGUGAUUUGAGCCAUGAGUUCCACAACCUUCGUCACCAUCGUGAGCCCACGUUGAAGUUAGGCUUUGGAACAAUGGAUUUGAAUCCUCGCCAUCAUCAGGUUCAUGGUGACACCAGAAGCUUCACUCACCACCACCACCACCACCACCACCUUCAGCCUCACAUCUACGGCCGCGAUUUCAAACGAACUGCAAGAGUCGUCAAUGGCGUCAAAAGAAGCGUCAGGGCUCCUCGGAUGAGAUGGACCACCACCCUCCAUGCCCAUUUUGUUCACGCGGUUCAACUUCUUGGCGGCCAUGAAAGAGCAACUCCGAAGUCUGUGUUAGAGUUAAUGAAUGUUAAGGAUCUAACCCUAGCACACGUCAAGAGUCACUUGCAGAUGUAUAGAACAGUGAAGAGCACUGACAAAGGCACCACAGGUCAUGGGCAGACAGAUAUUGCAGUAUUGAAUCCAAGGCAAGGGAUUAACAUUGUUCAUUUGCAUUCACCUUCACCCAAUUUACCAGACCCGAUUCAAAGUUCCCACAGGACAGCGUGGCUACAAUCAUCAAUAGAGACAAAAACAAAGAACAGUAGACAAGAAGCAGAGAAGGGUUUGACGUAUUGUGAGGUGAAGGGAAGUGAAAGCAUGGUGAAGAAUGGCUUGGAUUCUACCACUUUGUCACGUUCUGAGGGAAUGCUUGACCUAGAAUUCACCCUUGGAAGACCCAUUUGGAAAAAAGACCACGCAGAAUCAUCCAGAGAGUUAACUCUUUUAAACUGUUGAAACACCUAAAACAACGUUAAAAAAAGUAAACAAAGUUAAGGUUAAGUUUAAAUAACCAGCCUUUGACAUGUGUGGAGGGAAUUGAUGAUGAUGAUGAUGAUGAAGAGAUGUGUGAAUGAUUUUGAUUGUGUGUGUGUAUGUAUGUAUGUAUGUAAGGAUGUGUUUGGGAGAGAGAUGAAGGAAUUUUGCUAAAGAACAUAUGCUUGAGUCCAAGGAAUUUUUCAGGCAUUGUCUUUGAUGUCAUUUUCUGUGGAAGCUAUAGAAUAGAACAUGAUGAAAAAUAAAAAUGGAAUGGUUUGUUUGAGGUCAUGGACCAUGCAUAGGUUAUAGUUAGGCAAAAUAGGACCCAUUUGGAAAUACUGAUAUGAGACAUGUGGGUCAUCUUUUCUGCCACACCAUCAUCACAUAUGUACCACAUACACAUACAUGUUAUCACCCACAUUAAUUCACUUUUACAAAUUAAUAUUCCAACCUUUUUUGUCUUCUUA